AUGAUAAUGAGAACUGCAAAUCAUGAAGCUGGCAUGUGCCUGAUUGUUUUGACCCAUGAACAUGCUGAUGCAGUUCUUGGUCUGGAUGACAUUCGUGUUGUGCAGCCAUUCAGCCCUACAAAUGACAUUGAUCCAACCCCCAUUUACCUCUCUGAAGAAGCAAUGAAUAGUAUUGCUGUGAAAUUUCCAUACUUGGUUCAGAAAAAGCUUAAGGAAGGCCAGGAAGUGAGGAGGGUUGCACAACUUGACUGGAAGAUAAUUGAGAAUGAUUGUAAGAAGCCAUUUGUUGCAUCAGGACUAGAACUUGUUCCUUUGCCUGUGAUGCAUGGUGAAGAUUAUGUCUCCCUUGGUUUUCUUUUGGCAAAAAAAAUUUUGAGUCCUAGGAUUCAUGAUACUGUGCAACAAAGAAGCACAGCCAGGUUGUGA